CGUCCUCCUGCGUGAGUUUUAUUUAUUAUUCUCCUGAAACUAAACCCUGAACAUUCAGGCUGGUCGACACAUCUACCUGUCUCCUCCGCUCUUUCUGCGUGUUUUCAGAGUCGUGUUUCCUUCCUCCGCUGACAGCAUCAUGGCGUCCGGUGGCCCCAUGAUGAACGGAGACAUCUCCCGCACUGCCAAUCAGUCGGGCACGCUGGAGGAAACCCUGCAGCAGAUGAACAUCCUCAUCCAGGAGAACAGAGAGCUGAAAGAGGCCCUGCGUCAGACCAACAUGACGAUGAAGGACCGUUUCGAGGGUCUGUCUGCAUGGAGGGAGAAGCAGCAGCAAGAGCGGAACUUCCUGCAGAGCCGGCUUGAAGAAGCUCGGGACGGCAUGGAGACGCUGACCCUCCAAAACCAGGAUCUCAGUAAGAGGCUGGAGGAGUCUGAGAAGACCGGAGGAACUCCUGGAGGAGGCCAGAAUGAGUUGGAUAUCCUGCGAGCCCAGAUACUCCGUCUCCAGGCAGAGAAGAACGACCUGGUGGCUCUGAACUCUGAGCUGCAGCUGAAGGCGGAGCAGGAUUCCCAAGACGACUCGUUCAUCGAGAUCAUCAAGGUGUCGGAUGGAGGCGUCAACGGUGUGAACGAGGCAUGCGCUGCUGAACGCAGCAGACGUCAAGAUCUGAGCAUGACGGCGUCCCGGCUGGAGUGCGAGGAGGCAACGGUCAGCCAGCUGCUGCAGUCCCUGAGGAACGAGACGCAGCGCUGCGAACAGAUGCAGGCCGAGCUGCAAGAGCGCGCUGCCAGAAUCACAGAGUUGGAGAGAAGGAACUCCGUUGAGGAUGAAUCAACGCAGACGGCUCAGAUGGAGACUAAAGACGAUUCUGCAAAGGAAGACAAGGCAGCGUCUGAGGUGGAGAAUCUGAAAUCUCAGAUGAGGGCGCUCUUCAAAGAGUUGCAGCAGGCCCAGAGCAAACUGGAUGAAGCAGAAGGCAUGAAGAAGAACCUGCAGGACAGAUGUCGGGAGAUGGAGCAGGAUGUGGCGACCCUGAACGCCCAGCUGGUGGAGAAACAAGCCGUCCAGGCAGAGAACGACCGGCUGAAGCUGCAGCUGAGCAGCGCGGAGAACCAGAACCAGAUGGAGCAGAAGAAGGCCGACGAGGAAAGGAAAACCCUGUCGCAGCUGAAGGACGCCUACACCAAACUAUUUGAAGACUACAACGAGCUGAAGGAGGAGAAGAAGAAGAAAGAGUCUCAGCUGGUACAGAGAGAGCUGGUGGACGAGAUGCAGCAGCGCCUGACGGCUGCUGAGGAGGCGCUGGCGGCAAAGCAGAACAAGAUCGACGACAUGAAGCAGGACAUCUUCCAGAAAGAGAAGGAGCUGGAGACCAUCUCUGUCUUCCAGGCUCAGGCGGAGGUUUAUUCCUCAGACUUCUACGCGGAGCGAGCUGCGAGGGAGAAGCUGCACGAGGAGAGGGAGCGUCUGGCUGCUCAGCUGGAGUACGUGAAGAAGAUGAACACCCAGCUGCAGGACGACAUGGACUCGCUGGGCCGGCGCUCACUGAAUGAAAUGCAGAAGAGACACCUGGCACCUGGAGGAAACCCACACGGAGCAGGAGCAUCUCUAGUUGGCCGAGGUGCCGACUGGCAGCGUCAGGGCAGCAUUCCCGAGCACGCCUGCCCCAAGUGCAACGAGAUCAUGCCCGACCUGGACUCCCUGCAGAUCCACAUCAUGGACUGCAUCAACUAGACCUCCGUCACUACACUGCAAAAACUUAACAAGAAUAUUUGUCUUAUUUCUAGUUAAAAUGUCUAAUUUUUAGUCAAGAAAAUCUCAAGACUCAUU